AUGGCGACCCCAACGCGGGAGCGCAUCCUCGACGAUGACUUCGACUUCAGCGCUGCCGACCUUUCCAAGCAGUUCGAACAAUUGCUGCGAACCAGGAGAUUGAAUGAACUGGAAGAGCAAGUACGAGCACCACGAUCAUCCUCUCCUCGACUCGCUCCUCACUCGAGAUCUCAACAACUUGCUGCUUCCUCGCCAUUACCACCACAAACCCCCAAUUCUCACAGUUCCGCACAUCCCAGUUCUCGCCCUUCCCAAUACCAACCGCCCACCUACACCUCCUAUCGAAGUCACCCCAUAGUACCCUCUCCACCUCAAGAUGGCGCUGCGUUGAAAUUCCGAAACCUCCUGAUCACCUUGUCCAUGACUCCCACCAAAUACGAAAACCCGGGUCUCCUAGAUGAUGCUCUGACACACGUGCCCAUUGAUCGCAUUUACCAGGAAGCAGAAGAAGAGCACAAUCUCAUGAAAGGUAUGGCGGCUUCAAAAGGUGACGGCCAUAAACCGGAAUGGGGUUACCAGGAUUGCGUCAUGCGAUCACUUCUACGCUGGUUUAAACGCUCCUUCUUCACCUUCGUCAACAACCCGGCUUGUACGCGAUGUAACGGUGCUAGUAUCGCUGCCGGACAAAUCCCCCCAACCCCCGAUGAGAUUGCCCGCGGCGCAACCAGAGUCGAACUGUACAGAUGCACAAGUUGUGCCUGCUACGAAAGGUUCCCCCGAUACUCCGAUGUUUGGACCUUGCUUGAGACUCGAAGAGGCCGAGCAGGAGAGUUCGCCAAUUGUUUUAGUAUGCUGUGUCGUGCGGCUGGUGCAAGAGUAAGAUGGGUCUGGAAUAGUGAGGACCAUGUCUGGACCGAAAUCUACAGUGAACAUAACAGGAGAUGGGUGCACGUUGACCCUUGCGAGGAGAUGUGGGAUAACCCAAGAGCCUACACUGAAGGCUGGAACCGCAAGAUGUCAUAUUGCAUUGCCUUCUCGAACGACGGCGCGACUGACGUCACACGAAGAUAUGUACGCAACACUCAUUAUCUCGGUCCCCGAACCCGUUGCUCUGAGGAGGUUCUGCUAUGGAUCAUACAUGAGAUUCGCAAACUCCGACGAGAGAACCUCGACAAAGCUGUCCAGCACCAGCUACGGCGUGAUGACGACCGGGAGGAGCGAGAGCUACAAGGCUUUGUGAUGCGCUCUCUUGCUCACGACAUGAUCAACUCGAUGCCUGGUGCGGUCACUCCUGCUCGAACCGACGAAAUGAAGACACCUGCAGAAAGACAAGACACCACCAUGCAAUGGUCAAAUGAGCAACAAAUGGACCAUUCCCAUCCUCGGUGA